AUGCCGAAGCACUUUCGAAACCGACACACUGCCUCCGAUCCUCUCCUAGACCGGUCGGCUUAUCUGUCCCUCUUGAGUCCGACUGUCUCGAUAAAUGAGCAACCUGGAAGGCAACCUGGAGAGAGGGUCUACUUCCUGUGGAACGCCAGCCGAAAUCAUGGGCUGGCCGUUGUCGAAAAUCGACCAUCUUGGACCGGAGAGCGGUCACCGACGCGAAAGCUGGUCAAGGAUAUGAACGGAUCCUGUAGGCCGUCCUCUUCCCAAGAACUCUCGGAUAGCGACGCCGAAAAGGAGAAAGGCGUCAGUUCGUCGGCAGCUUUCCAAGUUGAGAGAGCUGUAUCGGAGAGGAAGGUGAUGGAAUGGAGUUAUGUCAACCUCCGCCGGCGCGCGUUAACAAAGAAACAUGCGACGUCGCACGGUACCGGAAAUACCCGAUUCGCCCACCACAACAUCGUCAACACCAACGUGGCAUAUCGAGCUUCUCCACCGAGUAAUGCCCAAACAGGAGUGUUGUUGGUGUUGGCGUCGUCAAGGUUGGCGUGGACGGGUACGGGGGGGUUUCAUUUGGUGGGGUAUUCGUUGGGGGGAGGGCUGGCGGUGGCGUUUGCGAGGUACUUUGCGGGGGUGUUGAGGUCGCUUGUGUUGGUGGCGGGGUGUGGGUUGAUCAGGGAGGAGCAUGUGAGCUGGAAGAGUCGGGUGUUGUAUUCGACGGGGGUGUUUCCCGAGGGGGUGCUGCAGUGGUUUAUUAGGCGGCGGCUGAUGCCUCGGAGGGAGAAGGGGGUUGCGGUGACGGAGACCAAGAUGGCGGCGGAGGUGGUGGGGGUUAAGGAUAGGGAUGGGGAAUGGCAGAAGAAUAGUGAUGCGAGCGGGGGGCAGUCGUUUGAUAAUGCGGUGUUGUUGGCGCGGAGGCCAGAGCAUACCGUUUCUACGGUCAUGGAGUGGCAACUGAGGCAUCACCAGGGGUUCAUUCCGGCGUUUGUGAGCAGUAUACGGUACGCUCCCAUUUACGGGCAGAAGGAGGAUUGGUAUGCAUUGGGGCAGCUGCUGGCAGCGAGGAGAGAGAGAUCCGUGUGGGACCACACAACGGACGAGUUACCCGGGCUUCGAGGGGGGAAGAUCCUGCUCGUUUUGGGCUCGUCGGACCUGGUGAUUGUGAAGGAGGAAUUGUUGCAUGAUGCCACGGCUGUGUUGGGUGAGGAUGGUUUCGAGGCGGUGGUGUUAAACGCUGGCCAUGAGCUGAUCAUGACCAAGAGCGACGAGGUAGCAGCCGUGUUGGUCAACUUUUGGAGCCGCUUGCCAGACGAGGAGGAAUGA